AACAUUUCAUCAGAAAUGAUCAAACACGUUUUCCUAACCUGACCUCCGGGUGUGGGUAAGACCACCCUGGUCCAGAAGGCCUGUGACGUAAUAGUGUCUUCAGGUGUGUCUGUGGAGGGCUUCUACACCCAGGAGGUCAGGGAGGGGAGGCGCAGGGUCGGUUUCGACGUUGUUACUGUGACCGGACAGAGAGGAAACUUGUCCAGAGUCAGAGAGAAGUCUGUAGCUUCACAUGGAGGGAGGGAGUAUACUGUAGGACAGUAUGUAGUGGAUGUACCUUCGUUUGAGAACCUGGCUCUACCUCUCUUCAGAAACCUUGACUCUUCAUGCAGUAGCAACCAUCAGGUGUUUAUCAUUGAUGAGGUUGGUAAAAUGGAGCUGUUCAGCCAGGCGUUCAUCAGGUCAGUCAGACAGACCCUGGACUCUCCAGUCUUCUCUGUCCUGGGGACUAUACCCCUCCCUUCAGGAAAACCACUGGGUUUCGUGGAGGAGAUACGGACCAGGAUGGACGUCACUGUCUUCACUGUCUCCAAGGAGAACAGAGAUGUUAUAUUACCAGAGGUUGUGUCAGCUCUAAUGGACUGUCUCAAACAAAGUGCUAAGUAGGUGGAAGUUAUCCAAGGUCAGUGGAACAUCAUGGAGGGUAUUCAGAAACACAGCAGCACUCUGAACUAGACCCUGAUGAACAAGACUGACCCUGAUGAACAAGACUGACCCUGAUGAACAAGACUGACCCUGAUGAACAAGACUGACCCUGAUGAACAAGACUGACCCUGAUGAACAAGACUGACCCUGAUGAACAAGACUGACCCUGAUGAACAAGAUUGACCCUGAUGAACAAGACCGACCCUGAUGAACAAGACUGACCCUGAUGAACAAGACUGACCCUGAUGAACAAGACCCCUGAUGAACAAGACCGACCCUGAUGAACAAGACCGACCCUGAUGAACAAGACCGACCCUGAUGAACAAGACCGACCCUGAUGAACAAGACCGACCCUGAUGAACAAGACCGACCCUGAUGAACAAGACCGACCCUGAUGAACAAGACCGACCCUGAUGAACAAGACCGUCCCUGAUG